UGACUUUCUUCAACCAGUAUAAAAAGCGAUGAAUUUUGCUGAACGAUUGUCAGUCUUAGUUUAGUGGUCACAUCAUUAAUUUGAUCUGCACACAAAGUACACACACCGUGAAUACACUUCAUCAGCAAAUUCUAGCCAAAAUGUUCCGAUUGAUCAUCGUCUCCGCCCUGGCCGCCGUUGCCCUCGCCCAGAACCCAGAUGCCGAAGCGCAGAUCCUCUCCUCCGACAGUGUCGUAAACCCAGACGGAUCCUACGCGUGGAACUACGAAACUAGCAACGGAAUCCGUGCCCAGGAAGAAGGUGUCGGAGGCCAGUCAGCCCAAGGCAGUGCCUCGUGGACCGAUCGCGAUGGAACGCCAAUCCAGCUGACCUACGUUGCCGAUGUCAACGGAUUCCAGCCACAGGGUGCCCAUCUGCCACGUGAAGGACCAGCGCCCGCCCAUGUCCUGAAGACUCUGGAGUUCAUCCGGGCCAACCCACCCAAGGAUGACCCCAACUUCAACAUCCAAGCCCUGGAAGCCGAAAUCGCCAGACUGCAAGCCCUGCAGUAAACUCCUUCGUGAGAUUCACCACUCGCAACGUGACCUGUGCUCAUACUCAAAAGAACCAAUCGCUAGGACAAACGGAAAUCAAAAUCACAACCCAUGAAUUAGUCGAGGAGGAAUUUCUUUGAAAAUUGAUGUAAAUUUGUUGUAAAUAUUCGCUAGUUUAUAAUUUACACACAAACACUUCCUUUGAGCGACACGUCAACCUUAUCAUUUUUUGUUUUACAUGUAAAUCUUUGUUCUGUUCCCAGUCAGCAUUUAAUGCGCACUGAAAACACGUGACAAAUGACACCUCAAUGUGCCCAUAAUCGCAACUUGUUUACCACAAAACACAAUUUCCACCAUUUUUUUAAGCAACUCGUUUAAAAUUUUGUGUUUCGCAGCGAUUUGCGAAGGAGAUUACAUUCGACGUUCAAAACGUCACACACACAUACAUUCAACAAAGCCGAUCUAAUCAAAAGAUAGAGAGAAAGAGAGAGAGGUGAAAGGCAAAAGAGAAUAGCAUUCCAAAAACGAAAUACUUACAUCAAAAUCGCGAAAAUGAUUAAACAAUCGAACACAGUAGAAGAGGAGAAGUAGAAGAUGAAGAGGGGAGAGGCGAAGAUGAUAUUAGAACAACUUAUGUUUUUUUUAUUACUUUUUAAUUCUUUUUUAAUCUAUACAAAAAAGAACAGAAACUCAGCUAAGGAUAAAAGAGGAGAAGAGAAGAUACUAUCUCUAACGAUGACAUAACUUGUUCAUACCGUCAAUAAAGGAUAUUAUUUUAAAAACCAAA